AUGCUCGCUUCGUUUCUUGACCCCAUCGAGACCGCGCUGUUUCGUCGAUACGGCAUGCGAGGGAGCUUCGUCAGCUCUCCUUACAUGACGUCAACGCGCGAACGCGCGAAGGGGGCUACUUUGAUCACCCGUUGGGAUGCUGAAUUCUUGCGUGAGCGCGACUCAGCCCGAGUGAUUGCGAGCGACUUGGCGUGGGCCAUUGCCUCGAUCGCCGCGGUGUGGCUGUACAUGGCGUUCAACACGAGAUCUCUGUUCAUCGCAACGUGCGGCAUGUUUGAGAUUCUCGUGUCCUUCCCGAUCGCGUUGCUCAUCUACCGUUUCAUUUUUCGCAUCCCAUACGUCGGAAACAUUCAAGCGCUCAGUAUAUUCAUUUGUCUCGGCAUUGGUGCCGAUGAUGUUUUCGUGUACUUUGAUGCGUUUCGUCAGAGCGCGACGGAAGCGGAAGUCGGCGAUGCUCUCUUCGACCGCCUGAUGUACUCCACCGACAGGGCGUCGAAAGCCAUCUUCGUGACGUCUUUCACAACCACAGGAGCGUUUUUAGCCACAGCGUGGUCACCGAUAACGCCACUGGCGGCUUUUGGGAUAGUUUCGGCGACGAUGAUCGCUGUAUUGUUCGUCGUAAACGUGCUCUUGUUCCCAGCCGCUCUCGUGCUUUUUGCACGAUACUUCGAGAACAUGACGUGGCGCCAAUUCUUGCCGGCGAGCAAAGAAAUCAACGAAAGUGAGAUCGUCGAAUCAAAAGAACUCGGUCGUGUUGAACGAUUCUUCCACGGGCCGUUCUAUCAAACGCUCAGGCGGCCAUUCGUACGAUUCGUUACGAUCGGUGCGUUCACGGCUAUGUUCAUCGUCGCGGCACGAUUUUGCGUGCGUCUUGAGACACCCUCCAAAAUCGAGCGCUGGUACUCAUCGAAACACCUCGUACAGCAGUUUAGUGAUCGCGACCAGACUGCCUUUUUGCGUUCAGACGACGACUUGGUUGUGGCUGUGGACGUGUUCUGGGGCUUGCUCGGCGUGGACAUGUCGAGCGUUUCGCAAUGGGAUUUGGCGUCGAGGGGCAGAUUGCAAUUGGACGAAUCUUUCGACGUUUCCGCAGAGGUAUCGCAGGUACACAUUUUGAAUAGCUGUCUCACGCUUCGUCACGCGAGCUGCUCUUCGAGAGGAUGUAGAGAUGGUCGACUCACGCGCGACGUGGAUUGUUUCAUGGAGGCGUUUCGCGAUUACGUGGGCGAAGAAAACUUUCCAGUUCCUCGAGACAGCUUCCUCGACGAGCUUUGGGAGUUUCGCUCGUCGUCGGUGGGAUCACGAUACGCGCAUCAAAUUGGAUUUCGACCAAACAAAAACUCUGGUGAACCCGAAUUAUUUUUUGUGAAAGUAUCCACGAAAUCGACCCUCAUGCAUCAAGCGCCAGCGAGCGUCUCUCGAGGGGUGCACGACGAAUUCGAAGGUUUGAUCCGAAAUCUGAAUGAAGUCGCCCCAGACGGCGUAAAGAGCGGGUCACAAACUGCAUACGUCGCUUGGACAUGGAUGCGAAUGCAAGAGACGUUGGUGGAUAAUACAUUUCAAGGAAUUAGCAUCUGCUUUUGUAUGGCGUUUGUCGUCUUAUGCAUCAGCACGGGGAACGUGUUGGUCGCGUCCAUUUGUUCAGUGAGCGUCGCCGGCGUCGUGGUAAGCGUGCUUGGGAUCGGCGUUUAUCGAGUCAUGCACUGGAGUUUAGGGAUUCGCGAAACUAUUGCGGCGGUCAUUCUCAUCGGCCUCAGCGUGGAUUACGGCGUGCAUUUAGGAAACGCUUACGUCGAGGCGCCGGCGGCGAUGAAGUCGAGAGGCGAUCGAACGCAAUACGCGCUCGCAACGAUGGGCGUGUCGAUCGUCGCCUCAGCGGUGACGACUGUUAUAAGUGGUUCGAUCCUUUGGCUAUGUACCCUACAAUUUUUCGCGAAAUUCGCGUUUUUGAUCACCACGACAAUCGCGAGCUCUCUCGUGUGGGCGCUCGUCUUCAUAUCGCUUCUUUUAAUCACGCUCGGUCCCGAGGGCGAAGACUGGAAGCUCAAAACUAUAUGCGGUUGGAUAGGAGAACGCGCGUGUAUCAUGUUGGAAAAGUUAAAGAAUUCAAGGUUGGAAGAAAGUAGUAGAACGCGCGGUUCUCGAAAGUAA